CCCUCCGCGCCUCCUCAGACAAUAAAAACAAGGCGAAGCAGCGUCUCUGAGCCCCGCUCUUCAGUCCGAGGACGAGCAACAUGGACACGCGAGCCGAGGCCUGCCGGGCGGACAUGUAACCGCAACCAUGCUGCUGGCCAACCGCUUCCCGCGUUUGCUGCUGCCGCUGCUGUGCGUGUGGCUGUGCUCGGUCCGGGAGGUUCGGACCAAAUCUCUGCCGGAUCAGUUCGAGGUAGAAAUAAAAGUGCAGGUGUUUGACAACAGCGACCUGUCCCCGUUAGCGGGCGCUCAGGUGGAAGUUCAGGGAAAUCAGACCCUCCUGGCGUCGAGUCGUGCUGGAAGCGACGGCGUGGUGAGAGUCAGCUUCCUGUACCGGGCCGGCACCUGGGUCAUCAUCACAGCCUCCAAACAGGAUUACAUCACCAACUCGGCRCCGUGGCACUCCAACCGGAUCCCGUUGUACGCCUCGGUCAGCCUGUACCUCCUCGCCGAGAGGCCGGGAACCCUCAUCCUGUACGAUGACGUCCUGCAGGUUCUCUCUGGGUCACCAGGAGCUCGGAACCAGCCCCUGGUUCAGCUCCAGAGGAAGUUCAUUCACCUGCCGUCCAGCUCCAACUACACAGCGCUGUCGGCGUCGCUAACCACGGCCCGGAGUCAGUACGAGAUCGGCGGGUUCCCCUUCCUCCUAGGCCAGGAGACCAACAGCUCAGGGGCAGAAACCGGAUGGAUGGACCUGACAGCUCUCGCUGUGGUCAGCAUUCAACUCUUUGACAAAGAUGGCGGCGCGAUCAAGGUCUCAGAACCGAUCCACAUCUCUGUGCCGCUGCCGUCUGACACCCGGAACAGGAUGGCCACGAGCAUACCUGCCUGGCUGUAUCAGCCAAAGACGGGACUGUGGGUUCGGAACGGUACAGGCUACAUCAAAAAGGACGGCACRCAGUUUGUGUGGAACGUUGUGGUUCCUCAAAUGGGAUACUGGCUAGCUGCCUUUCCUUCGUCUUCAGGUUUCGGUUUGUCUUAUCCGGGCCUGAGGGACAUCACCACCUACCACACCCUGUUCCUGCUGUCCAUCCUGGGUUCACUGGCCCUGCUGGUCCUCAUCCUGCUCUGUGUGCUGCUUUACUACUGCAGACGAAGGUGUUUGAAACCUCGCCGACAUCAAGGAAAACCCCACGCGUCCAAUCUAAACGGAGCUAAGAGAGACCAGGGUACGUCUACUUCACGCCUAAAUCUGAUCUGCGGAGGCCACGUGGAGUCGGGACCGUCCAACGACAAGUCGGACUUGUCCCCAUCUCGAGACUAUCAGAGUUCGAGGGAGGACUUGACGAAGCACAUUCCGGCUCACAAGCUGCGACACGGAAAGGGAAAAAAUGCGUCCAGUUCCCAGCGGGGGGAGAGCUUCCCCAUGAAGGUGACACGAGCCACGGAGACCAACAACCUGGACAACCCCUUACUGCACGAAGACUACAGCCGCAGCUACAGCCCCAAAGAGGGCAAAGAGUCCGAGUAUCACAGACAUCACAACGCCAACGACAAUCGAGGAUACGCGUCCGAUCCGCCGUCCCCGCCUCGCUUUCAGGGCUACGUGCCGAGUCAGUCGGACAAACCUCCGGAGUACUCGGCCGCRGCAGCAGACAGCCUCGCCAGACCCACCUCCCUCAACACCCAGCCGGGUCAGAUCAUCUUCUGCAGCUCCAUCGACCAGAUGAAGGAGAACAUGUACCGGAGCAUGGUGCCGACCUUGGUCAUCCCGGCUCACUACAUGCGCCUGCCUUCCGAGUUCUCCGCCAAGGACGGCAAAGACCAGAAGGACCAGGACAAGGACGGGACGCAGGUGGGCGGGGGUCAGCAGCACCACCACCAGAAACAAGGCCAGCAGCAGCAGCAGGGUGGAUCCCAGGGCGACGACUCCGAGGAGCCCAGCUGGGCGUCCGACUCUUCCGGCGGCGCCGUGACCAUCCCCGUGCUCUUCAACGACUCCACCAUGGCUCAGAUGAAYGGGGAGCUGCAGGCUCUGACCGAGAAGAAGCUGCUGGAGCUGGGCGUCAAGCAGCACCCGCGGGCCUGGUUCAUCUCCCUGGACGGGCGCGCCAACGCCCACGUCCGCCACUCCUACAUCGACGUCAGCAAUGACCUCAGCGGCGGCGGSGGGUUUGGAGGCAGCUCUGGCAGCGCCCAGCGAGACGUCAACCUCGAGCCGCCUCUCGAGUCCCAAGAGCGAAAACUGGCUGCCAACCGGAAGGGGAAAGACGAGCGCUGGGGGUCGGGGGGACGGAAGGGUCAUGGUGUCGGCAGCGGCGGUGGAGGGGGGAAGAAUUAUUCCAAGCUGGCCUACCAGGACCACAGCGAGCCCAGCAGCAGCGAGGGACGCCCCGUGUCGCCCGAGGAGAACUCCCUCACCCCUCUUCUGGACGAAGGACCGUCUUCUCGCGGAUCCACCGUCACCAGGARGGGGCGGAGCCGAGGAAACAGCAGCCGCAGCAGCAACAGCGAGAACCGCCGCGACUCCAUGACCAGCCCCGAGGACGACCCCGACGACAAAGACGAGAACAAGAAGAGUCCGUGGCAGAAGAUCGAAGACAGACCCCUCAUGGUCUUUCACCCCAGGAAAUAACGGUUCUGGACUUGCAGAACUCUGGACCUUUGACGGUCCGCUUCAAGAAGCGAAGAAGCUCAAAGAGAAAGAUCCCAAAAAGCACAACCUCUGCUUCACCCGUUUCCUGGUUGUUGUCGAACCUUUUGUGGUGAGGUGCUUUCACUCAUCGUCUCGCUGUCGGUUCUGGUUUCUGUAGAAUCUGUCCCGUUUAUUGUCCCGCCACUGAACUGUCGCCUGAGCCAUCAAGUCUGCUGACUCUGGAUAUAGCCAUUUUAUAGAGCAGGAUGUAAAAUGGAGCACCUGUGGAUGUUUUAAUAACYGAUUGAUUGAUGAUUGUUUGACGUGAAUGACUUUUUAAAGGGAUUUAUAAAUCUGUAGCUGAUAAAAAAUCCCCCCCGUCUCUGCACUAAUUUUACACAAACAUUCACGUCUUUGUCACAAAUUGUAAUUAAAAACAUUUUUUAAGGAAACAUUUACUGAAUCAUAAAGUCGUGUCGUGAACAGAUAGUUUCAGCUUCAUCUUCCUCCCCCUGAAUAUAAUCAUCUCAUCUUUUUUUCAUUAAAUUUAUUACAACGAUAAACAGUUCGGCCUGAGCUUCAGAUUUCUGCCUUCCUCAUAUGAAAUUUUCUGAGCCAGCAGAGACAUCUUUGUGUAAAUACGCCCGGACGUUUGUUAUAAAAAGAUUGCAUGCAUUUGAAUGUAUGAAAUUAACAGAAGGCACCCAAAGCCCCGCCCCCCUCUCCUCCCGUCCAGUUCUACGGGCUGUCGACUCACCAAGUAAACCACUAAUUUACUUGAAGAUUCCCAGCUGAGAUCCACGUGGUGGUUCGUAGACGGGGGCCGGUACCACUCCUUUCCUGUAAGUGCCUUCUUUCACGUAGGAUCGAGUGACGGGCACGGCUUUUAAAAUGCAGUUAGUCGUCACCUAAAGUCCAGCAGGCUCACCGAGAAGUUCACUGCAUCCAACAACACGCCUGCCAAAAAUGACAACUUUUCUUGUGGCUUUUUCCAUCCUUGAAUAUAUAUAUAUAUAUAAACUUCUUGUAUCUUUCCUCUUUUUCAGAAACCUUGUAAAUGGCUAAUUCUAUAAGAUUUGAGUGUAUAUGACGUGCAUGUAACGUGUAGAAUAGGGUGUUUUUAUUUACAUCUUUUUGCAAACGUUAUUAAAGAUAUUUGGCACAAAACGUUCUUCACAGAUGCACUGACUUGUGGUGCCAAAUGGACUCUGUUAUAUAAACACAAGGAGUUAGCCCUGAAGGUGGUAGUUCAUGUUUUUUAAUGAGGAUAUGUGGAGUGGUUUGAACAGUCAGUAUCUUACCUGCAGCAGAUAGCAGUCAGAGGGAUCUCAGUUUGGAGAGUUGGGAAGAAAUUUUCAUUUAGAAGUUGAUCUGACUUCUAAUCUGAAAGUUCAAAAAUAAAUGUUCUACAAAAACGGCUUAGUCCACUCUGAGUAGCUCUUAGCUUGACUUUAAGUAACAGUUAGCUUGAAUCUGAGUAGCUGUUAGCUCAACCUUAAGUAGCUCCUAGUUUGAUUUUAAGUUGCUCUUAGCUCAACACUGAGUAUCUGUUAGCACAACUUUGAGUAACAGCUUGAAUCUCAGUAGCCGAUAGCUCAACUUUGAGUAGACGUUGAGUUGGUCUUAGCUAAAUUCUGAGUAGCUGUUAGCUCAACUUUGGGUUACUCUUAGUUAGACUUUGAGUUGCUCUUAGGGACAAUUCUGGGUAGCUGUUAGCUCAACUUUGAUUAGCUCCUACUUUGACUUUGAGAUGCUCUUAGUCUAACUGAGUAGCUGUUAGGUCAACUUUAAGUAGCUCCUAGUUUGACUUUAAGUUGCUCUUAGCUCAACACUGAGUUUAUGUUAGCACAACUUUGAGUAACAGCUUGAAUCUGAGUAGCCGAUAGCUCAACUUUGAGUAGCUCUUAGACGUUGAGUUGGUCUUAGCUAAAUUCUGAGUAGCUGUUAGCUCAACUUUGGGUUACUCUUAGUUAGACUUUGAGUUGCUCUUAGGUCAAUUCUGAGUAUCUGUUAGCUCAACUUUGAGUUGCUCUUAGGUCAAUUCUGAGUAGCUGUUAGCUCAACUUUGAGUUGUUCUUGGGCCAAUUCUGAGUAGCUGUUAGCUCAACUAUGAGUAACAGUUGGCUUGAAUCUGAGCAGCGGUUAGCUGAACUUUGACUAGCUCUUAGUUAGACUUUGAGUUGGUCUUAGCUCAAUUCUGAGUAGCUGUUAGCUCAACUUUGGGUUACUCUUAGUUAGACUUUGAGUUGCUCUUAGGUCAAUUCUGAGUAUCGGUUAGCUCAACUUUGAGUUGCUCUUAGGUCAGUUAUGAGUAGMUGUUAGCUCAACUUUGAGUUGUUCUUGGGCCAAUUCUGAGUAGCUGUUAGCUCAACUUUGAGUAACAGUUGGCUCGAAUCUGAGCAGCGGUUAGCUGAACUUUGACUAGCUCUUAGUUAGACUUUGAGUUGGUCUUAGCUCAUUUCUGAGUAGCUGUUAGCUCAAUUUUGGGUUACUCUUAGACUUUGAGUUGCUCUUAGGUCAAUUCUGAGUAUCUGUUAGCUCAACUUUGAGUUGCUUGUAGGUCAAUUCUGAGUAGCUGUUAUCUCAACUUUGAGUAACUCUUAGUCUUUGAGUUGCUCUUAGCUCAACACUGAGUAGCUUAGCUUGACUUUGAGUAACACAGUUUGAAUCUGAGUAGCUSUUAGCUCAACUUUAAGUAGCUCUUAGUUUGACUCUGAGUUGGUCUUAGCUCAACACCGAGUAUCUGUUAGCUCAACUCUGAAGAGCUUCUAGCUCAACCUUAACCAGCUAUUUGAUUUCCCUCUGGGAUCAAUAAAGUAUUUUUGAAUUUGAAUUGAAUUGAUCAACUCUUAAGAGCUGUUUGCUCUAUUUGAGUAGUAUUUAACUUGACUCUGAAGACAGUAGCCAUUAGCUCAACUCUGAGUAGCUGUUAGCUCAACUUUGAGUAACUUAUAGCUCAUCUUUGAACAGCUCUUAGCUUGACUCAGAUUAGCUUCCAGCUCAAACUCAACUCUGAGUAACUAACUUGACUUUUCUGAAWCUUUGAUUAACCGAACUGAAAUCUCUUUGACACAAACUGGUAGUAAGAUCCAGACUAAACUCCACACAUCCAUAUUUCAUAAAAACUGAGCUGCUUUAUUCUUACUUUGAUAAAAAUGACUUCCGGUCAUAAAUGUUUACAAUAAUAACAUACUGACCAACACGCUCUGCUGUUAGCAUCACUGCCUACGAACACAUCAGCGACUGUGAAUUGAGAGAAAAUUAUGUUUUUCUGUUGUUUGUGUCAAAGUAAUAAAAUGUUUGGAAUGUGUUUUUUUUAUCAUUCGCUUGCUGUUCAUAACUCGCCUCCAGUACAAACUGAAAAUGUGAUUUGUAUGAAAUGUGAGGAAUUGUCCACCCCUGUAAAUGUAAAGUUUUAAUGGACCAGUUAUGAAUUUUAUUUGUCAAAUUGUGGCUUUUCUGUUCUGUAAUUUCCUUUUUUUUCCCCCCACAGUGUUUUUCUAAGCAGAACUUUAUGAUUCACACAGUGACAGGAACUAUAGGAGACACUUUAAACCACUUGGUUGGGUUUUAUUUGUGCUUAUUGAGGACAGAACUGCAGGCGUCCAUCUUGUGCUGUAAAAUUACUUGCUUCAUAAACCUGGUCAGUUGUUUGUGAACUGUACAUUUUCUGUACUGUACAUGAAACAAAAUAGAAAUAAAUUUGUUCUCACAGUC